AGGGCCGGCGGCGCCAUGGGGUCGCGGAGGGCCCCCAGCCGGGGGUGGGGCUCCGGCGUGCGGUCCGGGGAGGAGGGCGACGGCGAGGACGACGGGCCGGUGUGGACCCCCAGCCCGGCCAGCCGCAGCUACCUGCUGAGCGUGCGGCCAGAGGCCAGCUUACCAAGCAGCCGGUUGUCUCACCCCAGCUCUGGAAGGAGCACCUUCUGCUCCAUCAUUGCUCAGCUAACAGAGGAGACCCAGCCACUAUUCGAGACCACACUCAAGUCCCGGGCUGUGUCCGAGGACAGCGACGUCAGGUUCACCUGCAUCGUCACAGGAUACCCGGAGCCAGAGGUGACCUGGUACAAGGAUGACACAGAAUUGGAUCGCUACUGUGGUUUGCCAAAAUAUGAGAUCACUCAUCACGGCAACCGCCACACGCUGCAGCUCUACAGGUGUCAAGAAGAAGAUGCUGCCAUCUACCAGGCCUCUGCCCAGAACACCAAGGGCAUUGUGUCCUGCUCAGGGGUCCUAGAGGUGGGCACCAUGACUGAGUUCAAGAUCCACCAGCGCUGGUUUGCCAAACUGAAGCACAAGGCUGCAGCAAAGUUGCGUGAGAUUGAGCAGAGCUGGAAGCAUGGGAAGGAGGCCGUGGGGGAAGCUGACACCCUGCGCAAACUCAGCCCUGACCGCUUCCAGAGAAAGCGGCGCCUGAGUGGGGCUCAAGUGCCAGUGCCCUCAGGCCCUACUAGGGAGGCUGAGGAUGGGACCCCAGUGGCUUGGCAGGAGGGCGAGACAGAGCCUGUUCAGUUCCCAGGCUUGGGCCUGAUCAACAGUUUUGCUCCUGGAGAGGUGACCACCAAUGGGGAGGCUGUCCCCGAGAACGGGGAAAAUGGGGAGCAUGGCUUGUUGACAUACAUCUGUGAGGCCAUGGAGCUGGGGGCCCAGACUAUUCCCAAAAAGGAGUCUGGGGUCAAGAAGAAAAAGAAAGAUGAGGGGCUCAAGCAAGGUCUGCAGAAACCAGAGUUAGAGAAGGCAGCCCAAGGCCACCGUUCUGAAAACCGCAUGCCCACUUCAAAGAAGCCCGACUCACGUGGAACACAGAAGCCCAUGGACACAGAGCAGGUCCAGACGUGGCCCAGAGGCAAGCCUGCACGGGGGUCUGGCUCCUCUGGAGUAGACAGCACUAGGAAGCCAGCCUCCUCUGUGGGCACUCCAGACAAGGCUCAGGAUGUCCCUGCCCUGGCCCCUGCCCCAACCCCUGCCCCAGCCUCUGCCCCUGCCCCUGCCCCAGCCCCAAUCCCAGGUCCAGGCCAGGAAGUGCGUUUCUCCCUGAAGGACUUGUAUCUGGAGAAUACCCAGGGAGCCAGGCCUCAGGAGGAGGGGUCCUGGGCCCCAAGAGGCAGGGCACCUGGAGAAACAUCCUGGGGGAAGGUACCCAGCAAGGCUACAGGUGAGAUAGGGCCUGCUUCUCCUAGCCAGCCCACUCCUUCUUUGGCCCCACAGCCGACUAGGCCUCUCAACAGGAAGAGAUUUGCCCCUCCGAAGCCCAAAGGGGAGCCCACCACCAGCAAGCCCGAGUCUUCCAUGAGUCAAUCUCCAGAACCCGAGGCCCCAGAUUUAGGGAAGACCCCACUUCAGUCUUCUGCCCUAGUUCCGACACCCCCUGCCCGGCGGAGACACAGCACCCGGGACAGCCCCCUGCAGGGGCGAGCAGGCCGCAGGACUCCAGGACAGGACCUGGAGUCCCAGGCAACCAUGGCUUCUUUCACAUCGGCCAGCAGCAGCUCUCAGGGGGCCUCUGGAAGUCAGGGCACCAUCGAACCCAUGGAUACAGAAAUCCAGGAGCAUAGGAACACAUCUGCAGACGGGAGAACUAGAGACAAGAAGAGUGCAAAGGUGGAUGGAAAGAUGCAGACAGAUGGGCAGACACAGGCAGACAGAACCCAGACAGCCCAGAGGACACAGACAGACAGGGAGACACAGGUGGACACUGUGACACAGGAAAGUGUGAGGGCUCAGUCAGACAGGAGUUCACAGAAGGAUGUGGUGGGGACACAGGCAGAUGGUAAGAGACAGGAAGGCAAGAAAGACAGGAAGACACAGGAAGAUGAGAGGACACAGGAAAACAGAAGGGUUCAGGAGGAAACAGGGACACAGUCAGAGGGGAGCAUAGCCAGAGCCGUGAAAGGUCAGCCACGGAAGGAGUCCGUGACAAGCCUCAGCCUGCAGUCCAGAGUCCCUGACCUCCCGCCUUCUGAGGGCCCAACGUCUCCUCAGAGUAGAGGAUGUUUUCAACAGCUCCCAGAAGGGUCUUCUGUACCAGAAAAACCUGAAUUUGUGCUCAGAUCUGAGGCAGCAGCAGAAAUAGCCUCCAGGAAUCAUGCGGAAAUUGUACUGGGUGGCCUGUCAGGGAGCCUCACACACCCAGGCCAGCUAUCUCCUCAGGACAGCUUGGAGCCGAUGGGAGAGGAGAAAUGUCGAGGGCCAGAGCGGUCAGGCCUGGUCGAGAGCAAGCCAGAAGACAGCCUGUUCCAGUGCCCCAAGGAGGACCCGCUGGGGGGAGGGCUGUCUGUGGAUCCGGCAGGCCUGAGCUCAGAGGUGCCCAUGGUGCCCUCUCUUUCUGGCACUGGCCUGACCAAUAGCCCGUUGGAGGGCCUGCCUACCACCCCGACUUCUCAGCAUGUGAGUGCAGCUGCCGUCCUCCCCUAUGGGGUUCAGGCCAUGCACUCAGGGCCGGGAACCCCCACCCAGAGUCACCCAUCAGAAACCAUGGCUGCCAGCAGUGAGGGGGCCUGUGCCCCAGGCCCCCGGAGCUGUGACCCUGGCCUCAUAGACUCCCUGAAGAACUACCUGCUUCUGCUGCUAAAGCUGUCCAGCACAGACACAAGUGGAGGGGGUGCAGAGGCCCAGGAGGGGGCUGCCACCAUGGGUCCCGCGCCUUCAUCUAGGCUGGUCCCCACUGUGGAAGUGGCAGGCCUGAGUCCCCGGACAUCAAGGCGCAUCCUGGAGCGAGUGGAGAACAACCAUUUGGUGCAGAGCGCACAGACCCUACUGCUGAGCCCCUGCACCUCCCGCCGCCUCACCGGCCUCCUGGACCGCGAGGUGCAGGCUGGCCAGCAAGCCCUGGCUGCUGCCCGGGGCUCCUGGGGCCCUGGCCCCAGCCCCCUCGCUGUCCCUGCCAUUGUGGUUGGUGAAGAGGGCCCUGGGCUGGCCUCAGAAGAAGGAUCCAAUGAGGGUGAGGAAGAGGUUUCCUUUGAGAGACCCGGCCUCCUGGGGAGCCUGCAGGAGAGCAGCACAGGCGGGCCCCUGGGGGAGGUGGGUGGGCAGGCAGCCUCUGGGCAGGGACCACUGUCAGCAGAGAGCAGAGCCCAGGAACCCCUCCAAGAGGAGGAGGCUCCAGGGGAGGCUUCUGCAGGUCUCCCUGCAGCCACGCCUGAGGAACUGGCUCUGGGGGCCCGGAGGAAGAGAUUUCUCCCGAAAGUUAGAUCAGGAGGGGAGGGGGAGGUGACCAAGCCUGAAGAAAGGGAGAGCCCCUCCGUUUCCCCCCGGGGGCCCAGGAAGGGCCUGGCACCUGGGUCCCCGGGGACUCCAGGGCGGGAGAGACGCUCCCCUACCCAGGGCAGAAAGGCAGGCCUGCUGGAGGUGCCGCGCACGGAGGAGGAGCCCACUGCUGGGGACCUCGGCUCCAGCACCAAGGCCAGUGGUCCAGACGCAGAGCUGGCCCCAGAUGAAGGCAAGCAGGAUGCUCCCGGCAAGCCCAGGAAAGCCAAAGACCUGCUGAAAGCCCCACAGGUGAUCCGGAAGAUCAGGGUGGAGCAGUUUCCUGAUGCCUCGGGCAGCCUGAAGCUCUGGUGCCAGUUCUUCAACAUUCUCAGUGACUCAGUCUUGACGUGGGCCAAGGAUCAGUGCCCAGUGGGUGAGGUGGGCAGGAGUGCAGGGGAUGAGGGGCCAGCAGCCUUGGCCAUCGUGCAGGCGUCCCCUGUAGACUGUGGCGUGUAUCGGUGCACCAUCCACAACGAGCACGGCUCUGCCUCCACAGACUUCUGCCUCAGCCCUGAGGUGUUGUCAGGAUUCAUCUCCAGAGAAGAAGGUGAAGUUGGAGAAGAGAUUGAGAUGACCCCCAUGGUGUUUGCUAAGGGUCUGGCUGACUCUGGCUGCUGGGGGGACAAGCUCUUUGGGCGCCUGGUGAGUGAGGAGCUCCGAGGGGGUGGACACAGCUUUGGCCUCCGGAAAGCCUCGCAGGCCAAGGUCAUCUACGGCCUGGAGCCCAUCUUUGAUUCGGGCCGCACAUGCAUCAUCAAGGUGCCCAGCCUGCUGGUGUUUGGGCCCAGCAGCGAGACUUCUCUCCUGGGCAGAAACUAUGACGUCACCAUCCAGGGAUGCAAGAUCCAGAACAUGAGUCGGGAGUACUGCAAAAUCUUUGCGGCUGAAGCCCGGGCCAUACCUAGCUUUGGAGAGGUGCCUGAGAUCAUCCCAUUGUAUCUGAUUUACCGGCCUGCAAACAACAUCCCAUAUGCUACCCUGGAGGAGGACCUGGGCAAGCCCCUGGAGUCUUAUUGUUCCCGAGAAUGGGGCUGUGUUGGGGCCCCAGCAGCAUCUAGCAGCUCUGAGGCCACGCAGAAAUGCCAGACCUUCCAGCACUGGCUGUACCAAUGGACAAAUGGCAGCUUCCUUGUCACAGAUUUGGCAGGGGUUGACUGGAAGAUGACUGAUGUGCAGAUUGCCACCAAACUGCGAGGGUACCAAGGCCUCAAGGAGAGCUGUUUCCCUGCUCUGCUGGACCACUUUGCCUCUUCACACCAGUGCAACACCUAUUGUGAGAUGCUGGGGCUAAAACCGCUUAAGGGUCCUGAGACUGCCCAGCCCCAAGCUAAGGCCAAAGGCUCCAAGAGUCCAUCUUCCAGCAGGAAGGGUCCCCAGCUGAGUCCUCAGCCCCAGAAGAAAGGGCUGCCCAGUCCCCAGGGCACCCGGAAAAGUGCCCCAAGCUCCAAGGCCACCCCUCAGACCUCAGAGGCAGUCACUGCCCAGUUAUUGGGACAGCCUCCCACCCAAGAAGGGGGCUCCAAGGCCCAGGGCAUGCGGUAGCCCUCACAGGAGGCUGGGGGCCUCCACUCAGCAGCAGACCAACCAGGAAGCAGCUUGAACCCAAUGGAGACUUUCACAAUAUGAAACUCACCAGAGAAGGUGCACUGAGGAGAUACCACUUGGGGACUUCUCUGAGCAGCCUCUCCUCAAUCAGCUCCUCAUCAGAUGGUUUUGGUGCAUGGUACACAGUCCACUGGCCUCUCCUGGUGCCAUCCAUCACCCAGGGCUCCCAGGCCUCUAGCUGGCCCUACUCCAUGUGCCAGGCGGCCUGGGCCCUCCUUGAAGUUUACACUUGCCACUGCUGGAGGUUCCCCUGAGUCCUCUGCAUGAGUUCUGCACCCCCACCCCUUGCCCCCACCAAGUCCUGCCAUGAAUUUUGCACUCUGGGGGCGUAAAGGCCAACAUUACCCUCUUGCCCUUGCUUGGCCCUGAUCUCUCCCUGUUCUCAGGGUUCCAGUUUUCCUCUGCUCAGUGUCUGGCUCAGUGCCUCUCAGGGUCUUCUUCAAGCUACUUUGAUUCAUUCAUCCCAACUUAUUCCGCAACUAACCUGCCCCUGAGCCCACAUGGGGUCAGGGCCCUUCCAGAGCCUGUCAUUUCCUUUUGCAGUGGUCCUUGAUGAUGUGUUUAUGCUCUUCCUUCCCUCAUCACUCAGGCACUCACUCCUCUGCUUCCCUGCCCCCUGCAUCCCCCACACUUCCCUGGCUUUGAGCCCACUCACUGCCUGCUGCCUGCCCUUCACUGACUUUUUGCCUGUCUCUUUGCCCCAGGGCUUCUCUGGCCCUGCCCACCAACACCCAGGAGAGGGGCUGACCAUCUGGCCUCUCUCUCCAUCCCAGUACACUCUUCCCCUACUUCUCCUAAUCUAUUUACCCAUGAGGAGAAGACUGGCAUGAGAGUUGUGUCAGCAUCUGUGGGGAAGGUGUUGACUUUGAGGGACCUUGCGUUCCAUACUGAAAGGAGGUGGGGCCACAGUAAAUUCCAUAUUCCCUCUCAACCAGGGAUGGAGGGCUGAGACUCAUCCCAUGGGGGAGUGCACACCAUCCAUGCCCUGGGGUGGACGGGAAUCUUUUUGUCUGGGAAUUAAGACUCCUGCCUCCAACCAUUAGUUCCUGAUCUUGGGGAUCCAGCUCUGGGGCCUCAUGUAUGGACUCUUAAGGAAUUUCCCUGCUUGUCCCAGCACCCUGGAUCCUUCCUGAGCUUCCCUUCUUGAAGCCUGGGAUGGGGCGGGUCUGGAGCUAGCCUGCUCCCCUUGGAAUUCAAUAAAGGAAGCAACUGUGUAUCCUG